CCGACUCGUAACUUCAUAAAACGAGCGAUAGCGUUCAAGCCAUCCUCUGAUUUAUCUUUUCUCCACCUCUCUCUCCUCCCUCCAAGACAGUCUCUUUACUAUGAUAGCUAAUUGCCUUCUGCUGCCAACCAACACGGAAUGAUUUCCCAGAAAAUUAUGCAGCAGUCGCUGCGACGAUCGCAUUGCAUAUUUAGUCGGGCUCUGUUAAACUACAUAGUUCCAAUCAAUUUUACUAGGAGCGCAUAUAUUCAGACGAGAGAAACCGCAUCGUCUACUAAAGCCUCAGAUCCCAAUGAUCUCCUUCGCAAACAGCGUCUCAACCGCCCGAUAUCGCCCAACCUAACCAUCUACCGACCUCAGGUUACUUCCGUUCUCUCCAUCCUCCAUCGUAACACUGGGCUACUUGUGUCUGGAGGCUUCUAUCUCUUCUUUGCUGUAUAUCUUGCCUCUCCCUGGCUCGGUUGGCACAUUGACUCUGCGUCUAUGGCAGCGUCUUUCGGAGCUCUCCCCGUCGCUGCCAAGGUGCUUUUGAGGACGACUGUUGCUCUUCCAUUUACCUUCCACUCCUUCAACGGCGUGAGACACUUGGUAUGGGAUUUGAGUUGCGGAUUAAGCAAUAAACAGGUCAUAAGGUCUGGCUGGGCUGUGGUCGGAUUGAGUAUAUCAAGUGCCCUCCUCCUUGGAUUUCUGUGACCCUCACUCCUUCGGCAUGGAGUUUUCAAAUUUCAUUUACUUGUAUUUACUUAUCUCAGCUGAUAAUAGGCUCUAAUUUAUAUGAAUCAAACGCUGGCAUAUUAUUCGUGCGU